AUGGCAUUUUUGUCCAUUGUUGUUCUUACGAUACUUCGACUUCGUUUAGCAAAAGAAAAAAAUAAAUUUAAAAAAGAAUAUAUAGCUUUACUUAUCAAUUCCAAUAAAAUGAUUGAAAUGAUGAUUCCAAUAAAUGAACAAAGACGAAAAUCAAUUGGUCAUUAUGCAAUACCAAUUCAAACAGAAACAUUUUAUCCCUGCAUUGAAACAAAUCAGGAUUAUUAUGAAUCAAUUUUAUCUAUGAAUGAUAUUCCUUAUUAUCCAGUACGUGAAACUAUUUUUCAAUUGUAUCCUAGAUCGACACAUCAGAUGAUUACAGAUUUAAACGAAGAAAAUUAUUCAGAUGAACAUGGAACUAAAUUUAUUUAA